AUGUUCUCCAAGACCGGUUUCGUUUCCGCCCUUCUGGGUGCCACCGCCGUCCAGGGUCACAUGUUGAUGAACACGCCCGCUCCCUACGGCGCUGACUCUCUCAACAACUCCCCUCUCGAGGCGGACGGCAGCGACUUCCCCUGCAAGCAGCGUGACGGCGUCUACGCCGCCGCCAGCUCCGAGAACAUUCUCAACAUUGGCGAGGCCAACCCUCUGAAGUUCACUGGCAGUGCCACCCACGGUGGUGGUUCUUGCCAGGUCUCCCUGACCAAGGACCUCGAGCCCACCAAGGACUCCAAGUGGAUGGUCAUCAAGUCCAUUGAGGGUGGCUGCCCCGUCAACGCCGAAGGCAACCUUCCCGAGAACCCCGACGGCAGCGGUUCCACCGAAUUCAAGUACACCAUUCCCGAUGGCAUCGAGCCCGGCAAGUAUACUCUUGCCUGGACCUGGUUCAACCGUAUCGGUAACCGCGAGAUGUACAUGAACUGCGCGCCCGUCACCGUCAAGGGCGGCUCCUCCGCCAAGCGCUCGCCCGUCAAGCGCGACGCCAGCUUCCCCGACCUGUUCGUCGCCAACGUCAACGGCUGCACCACCCCCGAGGGCAAGGACAUCCGCUUCCCCAACCCUGGUGAGGAGGUCGAGUAUGCUGGUGACGAGGCCAACCUGGCCGCCGAGGGCAGCGAGGCCUGUACCGGUACCCCCUCCUUCGGAGGCUCUGGCAACACCCCCGCCUCCGGUGGCUCCUCCGGCGGCUCCAGCGAUGAGGGAUCUGGCGACGAGGGAUCCGCGCCCGCUCCCGCUCCCACCACUGCCCCGGCUCCUGCUCCGUCCGCUCCCGCCGACGGUGGUGUCUUCGCUCCUACCACCCAGCCCGCCGCCGACCCUGCUCCCACCCAGCCCGCUGCCGGUGGUGACAGCACUGGCGCCUCCGGUGCUCAGUCCGGUGCCUGCACCUCCGAGGGCCAGUGGAACUGCAUUGACGGCUCCAACUUCCAGCGCUGCGCCAACGGCCAGUGGACCCCCGCUCAGCCCAUGGCCGGUGGCACUCAGUGCACUCCUGGCCAGGCUGCCGAGCUCGCCGUCGCUGCUCUCAAGCCUCGCAUGCUCUCUGAGAUGCGCCACCGCAAGCGCGCUCACGGUGCUCACCGCCACGCGUAA